AUGCGUCUCGCCUCCUUUUCAUGGGCGAUACCAGCUUGCCGGCACUUUGCCACUGUUGCAAGCUCAGGACGCCCUCAUGUUCCUCAAACAGUGAUUGAGAAGGUCGUCCAGAAAUAUGCUGUAGGUCUGCCUCCUGGAAAGGUUGUCAGAGCAGGCGACUAUGUAAUGAUUAAACCGGAACAUGUAAUGACACACGAUAAUACUGGUCCCGUUAUAUCGAAAUUCAACUCAAUUGGCGCAACACGAAUACACGACCCAAAGCAGCCAGUCUUCACUCUCGACCAUGAUGUACAGAACAAGUCGUCCAAGAAUUUGGCAAAAUAUGCGUCAAUAGAAGCAUUUGCACGAAAGCAUGGUUUGGAUUUCUAUCCCGCCGGACGGGGUAUCGGACAUCAAGUUCUUGUUGAAGAAAGCUAUGCGUUCCCGCAAACUCUGACAGUUGCAAGUGACAGCCACAGCAAUAUGUAUGGUGGUGUUGGUUGCGUUGGGACACCGAUUGUUCGAACUGAUGCCGCCGCCAUCUGGGCAACAGGAAAAACAUGGUGGCAGGUGCCUCGAAUGGUCAAAGUCGAACUACGCGGAUCACUCUCUCCUGGUGUUACAGGGAAAGACGUGAUCGUUGCACUCUGCGGAUCAUUCAACAAGGAUGAGGUGCUAAAUGCCGCAAUCGAGUUCUCCGGCGAUGGUAUUUCUUGCCUCUCUGUCGAUGACAGAUUAACAAUCUCAAACAUGACAACGGAAUGGGGAGCGCUUGUAGGAGCCUUCCCUGUUGAUGACACUUUGUUUGAUUGGUACGAUAGCGCCUUGAAGAAACUGGAACUCCGUACUUUCGCGUCUGGGCUAUCCUCGUCUAUCCCGGCACCUCCUGAUCAUCCACGUCUAAACAGACGGAGGCUAGACUCUCUAAAAGCGGCACCACUUCGUUCCGACCCUGGCGCUUCGUAUUCGUCGCACUUAGUCUUUGAUCUCUCGACUCUCGUUCCUCACGUCUCAGGUCCGAACACGGUAAAAGUUUCUACACCCUUACCAGAUCUUGAAUCAAAACGAAUAGGCAUCCAGAAGGCAUACUUAGUCAGCUGCACGAACUCGCGUGCUUCUGACAUUGCCGCGGCUGCCGAAGUGCUGAAAGGGCAUAAGGUAGCGCCCGGAGUUGACUUCUACAUUGCCGCGGCGAGUUCUGUGGUGCAACAGGAAUCAGAAAAGCAAGGAGACUGGGAUGCCCUUGUCUCUGCAGGCGCCAAAGUCCUUCCUGCUGGUUGUGGUCCAUGUAUAGGUUUGGGUACCGGACUUCUAGAAGAAGGCCAAGUUGGCAUCAGUGCUACGAAUAGAAAUUACAAGGGACGCAUGGGCCAUCCGAAGGCAUUGGCUUACCUAGCUAGUCCCGCCGUUGUGGCAGCAAGCGCAGCAAAGGGCUUCAUCUGCGGACCGGAUUCACUUGACCCAUCUCGUCUUCCGCCCAGUGGUGCGCCGACCUUCUCAAUUGUGGACGUACCUGAGUCGUCGGGCAAAGCUGCCAGCUCAGAUUCGGCCAACGAACCUCUUCUUCCAGGCUUCCCUUCCAAGUUCUCGGGACCCUUAGUUUUCGCUCCGCAAGACAACCUGAACACCGACGGGAUCUAUCCUGGUAAGUAUACUUACGAAGACGAUAUCACACUCGAGCGUCAAGCCCAAGUCGUCAUGGAGAACUACGACCCAUCUUUUGCCAGUACUGUAUCAAGUCUUCUCAAAAACUGCGCUCUGGCCGAGGAUAAGGAGACCGAGACCAAGAAAGGCGUCGUGCUUAUUUCUGGGUACAACUUCGGAACAGGCUCCUCUCGCGAGCAAGCCGCAACUGCGCUCAAAGCAGCGGGUAUCCCACUCGUCGUCGCCGGCUCGUUCGGCGACAUUUUCAAACGCAAUGCCAUCAACAACGGACUCGUAUGUAUGGAAUGUCCCAUGCUCGUUGCUGAUCUCACGCGCGAAUUCGCAAAGGACGCGAAGCGUGGUACGGGAGGAAUAAAUGGAGAGAUGACCGUUGUUCCGAAGUUUGAGAUUGAGGUUGAUAUGGCGAGUGGGAAAGUCAUCGUUACGAGGAGCGAUGGGUCGACGAAGACGUAUAAUGUUCGCCCGGUUGGCCCGAGUGUACAAGAACUGUGGUUGUGUGGUGGGUUGGAAGGAUAUGUCCUCAAAUCUAUCAAGGAGAGUCCCUAG